AUGUGGUUCAUAUGUCUCCUCUUCUUCGCCCUCGUGACACAUCUGUUUCUGCCUCUGCGCGAUUUGAAUUCUUUUUUUGUGAGAAGCGAGAAAUGGGAAAAGAUACUCCCCUGCCACUCCUCCCCCGCCAAGAGUAGUGCCCCCCUUUUUAUACACAAUGCGCAUGUGGGGGUGACCAAGGGGAGAAGCACAUUGGCUAGUCAUAGAAAAGGCAUUACAGGGCGAAGUACUGAUGGAAAAAAUGGAGACACGUUCCUGAGUCCAUUCCUACUGCUCGCGAGGAAGGGAAACACAGAGGGGAAGCCAGAUGGGAAGCCAGAUGGGAAGCCAGAUGGGAAACCAGAUGCGGAAGAUGUCGCAUCAAGCGCAGUGCCAACUUCAACUGUGGGCAAUGACCCAAGUGAAGAACCCUCCACCCGGAUGGCAAAAAGGAAGGAAAGUAAUUAUGCAGGAGAUGCUAAGAAAGUAGGGAUAAGCGACCUUGUUGACGAAAGUAUAAGAGGGAUCAAAGGAGAAUACCACGAUGUAGAAAUAUGUGACCUUCUGUCAAAAAACUUCUUGUCUUAUGCGAACUUCCUAAUCCUAAACCGAUGUCUAUGUGACUAUCGUGAUGGUCUAAAAACAGUGCAGAGGAGGAUCAUAUGGAGCAUGUACGAAAUAAAUAAAGGAGCGGAGAAGAGCAGUUAUAAGAAGUGCGCGAGAAUCGUUGGUGAGGUUAUAGGGAAAUAUCAUCCACAUGGAGAUAAAAGUGUGUACGAUGCGUUGGUUCGACUGGCACAAAAACACCACAAUAACAAUUUGCUAAUCAAUGGAUACGGGAAUUUCGGAUCCGUUGAGUACAACGCAGCGGCUAUGCGUUACACGGAGGCUAAAGUUUCGAAUUUUUGUUACGAUAUAUUAUUGGACGAAAUAAAUGAUGAGAACAUAGAAUAUGUCAGAAACUUUGAUGGAAAUGAAGUUGAGCCGAAGGUACUCUGUAGCAAAGUUCCUCUCCUCCUCAUUAAUGGAUGUUCCGGUAUUGCAGUUAGCAUAUUGAGUAACAUCCCUUGUCACAAUCUAGUAGACGUAAUAAACUGUACCAUUAGCUUUUUACUUGACGCCAAUAUAAGGGAUGAUGAAUUAGCGGCUAUAAUAAAGGGGCCCGACUUUUCCACUGGUGGAAUCAUUAUAAGCAAAGCAAGUCAACUGCAAAAUGUAUAUCAAACUGGAAAGGGAAACAUAGAAAUUAGGAGCAACGUCUUUUUGGAGUACACCAAGAAUGAUAAAGUUCAAGUGAUCCAUGUAAACGACUUGCCUAACGUAAAUGCAGAAGAUAUAGACACCAGAGGAAGUAAAAAAUUAGUAAUAAAAAAUUUACCACCAAAUGUGAAGCCAAAUGAAUUGAUCGAAAAUAUGAUUAACAUUUUGAAUGAAAAGAAAAAUGAACAUGAAAAUAUUUUACAAAAAAUAAGAGACGAAAGUGAAAAGGAGGAUAUGCGAAUAGUGCUUGAACUAAGGAAAAAUAGCCAAGUGGAACAAAUAAAUGAUUUCGUCUCCUUCAUUUUUAAGUACACACAAAUGCAAAUUACAUAUCACUGCAAUUUUGUUUGCAUCGGUCAUCAAAAUAGCUAUACACAAUUUUCAUUGAAGUCCUUCCUACAACUGUGGUGCGAAAAUCGCAUAAAUUUUAUCAAAAAAAAUUUAACAAUAAAAAAUCAAAAUUUACAAAAGGAACUUCAUAUCAUAGACUUGUACAUACUGAUACAAAAAAAAAUUUUAGAAAUUAUUUCCUUUUUACAAAAAAAUCAAAACAUUGAAGAAAUAAAAAAUUUUUUUAAAGAAAAUUUCAAACUUAAUGAUUACCAGAUUCAUCACAUCCUUUCCAUGAAGAUACAAAAGUUGGUUAACAUUAAGAACGUUGAUUUUUGCACACACAAAGAACAAAUUUUGGCCCGAAUGGAGCAAAAUAGGGAUCUCAUCUCCAACGUGGAUAAGAUCAAGCGCCUUAUCAUUGACCAACUGACUUAUAUAAAAAAUAAAUAUGGCAUCAACAGCGUAGGAAGAUUUGCACCACCGCAAAGCGUCAAGUAUAGGUACGUUUAUAUCAACCCACCUGAGCGCAAUCACCAUUUUAAGGAACACUCCCUUGCAUUGGUUAAUGCUGAGCGAGAUGGACCAUCUGGGUAUGGAGGAGACGCGGAAGAUUUAAAGGGGGAAAGAAAAAUUUCCAAAAAAGAUACACUUUCUGAUGAGAUACGAAACCAAGAAGAGCAACAAACCCCAGUGGAGGAUCCCGCUUUGCCCAAGGCUAGGAACCUAAGGGGGGUGAAAAAGAUAGACCCCACGACUCAGUACAGGCAAACCUACAUCGACUCCAUACACACAGAUGUCAAAAAUGUUUACAACAAUGAUUACGUGCUCGUCCUAAUUACCUACGGAGGAUACGUCAAGAAGAUAAAGGUAGCGGAGAAGUUGAAAAAUCACCAGAACAACAUUAUCAAGUUGUCCAACGUGAAGUACAUUUUGAAGGAGAACGAGGAGAAGAAGCUCAAGGAUGGUGGUGCACCAGUGGAAGCGGCGAACGUAGUAGAAAGCGGGGAGGAAGGCGCCAACUCCAUGAGUGCUAAAAGUAGCAGUUUGAACGCAAUAAAUUGCUAUAAAGUAAAGAAAAGCAUCCUCUGCAGAAACAAAGAUAAACUUCUCCUCACAGACAGCCAGAACAAAGCCUACAUCCUGAACGUAUAUGAUUUGCAAACCUCGUCCUAUGACUCGAAGGGGACACCAAUCAACCAAGUUAUCCACUGCUCAAAGAAUAUCACCGGGAUGACAAAAUUCGAAGAAAACAAAAAGUACCUCAUCGUGUGCAGUGAGAAUGGGAAAAUGAAAGUAAUAAACAAUGACGUCUUCUUAAAGAAAAAAAAAAAAGGAAUUCGACUUUUUAAAAAUAAAAAAGAUAUCCAUUUCAGUUACUGCAAUUUUAGUGAUAACUGUAUUGUUGGAACGGCAAGUGGACACAUAAUUCAAUUUCCUCUCGCAAAUUUUAAAAUUUCGAAAAAAAACUCCCUAGGGAAUAAGUGCAUAAAUCUCGGAAAAAACGACAAAGUAGUAGACCUCCUAGCAUAUGACAAUGACGAAAAAAAUGUCGGAAAUUUUCAAAUCAUUUUUCUUUCCAAAGGUGGACAUGGAAAAAUGAUCAAUUUGGAGGAGCUCAAAGUACAGAAGAAGAAGGGCAAGGGAUACAAAAUUAUGAAGUUUAAGCGGGCCAAAAGGGACGCAGUUCUCCAGGGAGAAGUAGCAAAAGAAGAAGACAAAGAAAACAAAAAUCACGAGAAAUACGUGAAAGAUGCGGAUGAAUUCCUCGGAUUUAAAUUGUAUGAUAUGACAAAGAAGAACGACAACGACUUUCUCAUCAUGAUUACCGACCAUGCUAUACUUAUCCGAAAAAAUAUCACCCUACUGAAAAAAAAAAAUAGAAAGCACUCAUCACAGAUUUACGCCAAGCUGAGCAAGCUCAACCGGCUUGUUUACUUUGAUAUUAUGUAA